ACACACAGCACAAAUCACAAAAACAGAGAGAUUCAAAAUCUAGAAGAGAGAGCAUAAUCAGCAUCGUUUCAGAAAGUGAAAAAGAAGAAGAAACAAUAAUCGAAGAAGUUGAAAAUGACGGAAGCGUGGAUAAGGAAGAAGCCAGGAAUGGCCAGCGUUAAGGACAUGCCUCUUCUCCAAGACGGUCCACCUCCCGGCGGUUUCGCUCCAGUCCGGUUCGCUCGUCGUAUCCCUAACACCGGUCCAAGUGCUCUUGCGAUCUUUCUCACUACCUUUGGUGCUUUCUCUUGGGGCAUGUAUCAGGUUGGACAGGGUAACAAGAUCCGAAGGGCACUGAAGGAAGAGAAAUAUGCUGCCCGGCGAGCAAUACUGCCUGUGCUACAGGCUGAAGAAGAUGAGAGAUUUGUUAAAGAGUGGCAUAAAUAUCUUGAGUAUGAGGCAGACGUCAUGAAGGACGUCCCUGGUUGGAAGGUUGGUGAAAGUGUCUAUAACUCUGGGAGAUGGGUUCCCCCAUCAAGCGGUGAGUUGCGUCCUGAUGUCUGGUGAUGCUAUUUAAGUCAUCACUAUCAAGAAUUGGUCUGCUUCCUGCAUGAUGUUACAUUGUGAUACUUUCAUCCAGUAUCUCUGAAAUAAAGUUGUAUGCGAACAUUUGUAAUUGUGUUGCCGAAUUCUUAAACAGGAAUGUUUUUUCAAAUUUGUAUUUCAUGUUGGCUAUUACUCCUCUAAUGUAAAUCAAAAGAUGUAUGCACAUCCUUGGCAUAAUACAUUGAAUUUCUAGCGGUUUUUCACUCCCUGUUGAUGAUGAGUGAUUUGGAAAA